CUUUGGCUCAAGCUUGCAGCCACGAUCUAUUGCAAGGCGUCCUGACAACCAAGUUUCCGGAAUCUGAAAUCGACACCAUCGUAAACGCCACCACAGACGCAUUGGUCAACUUUGUCCUUGCCAGAACCUCUAUCAAUCCCACUCGUCUAUCCCGAAAAAAGAAAACCAGACCCAGUCACCCAAAAUGGGGAAAGCAGAGUUCGGCACGACCAAGCAUCUGAGCAACCAGAUGAAGGCCAAAGGCCUUCAGCGGCUUCGCUUCUACUGCACGCCAUGCCAGCGUCAGAUGCGCGACGACAACGCCUUCAAGCAGCACUGCAUGAGCGAGUCUCACGUGCGCAACAUGCUCAUUGUGGGCGAGGACCCGAAGAAGUACAUCCGCGAGUACAGCGAGGCCUUCCUCAAGGACUUUGUCAACCUGCUCAAGACGGGCCACCGCGACAAGCAGGUCCAGAUCAACCACUUCUACCAAGAGUACAUAGCCAACAAGGAGCACGUCCACAUGAACAGUACCCAGUGGUCCAGUCUGACAGAGUUUGCCAAAUACCUUGGUAAGGAGGGCAUAUGUCGCGUUGAGGAGAACGAGAAGGGCAUCCACAUAUCCUGGAUCGACGACUCGCCCGAGGCGCUCAAGAGGCAGGAGGCGCUUAAGCGGAAAGAGGCGCAGGACAGGGGCGACGAGGAGCGAGAGCAGCGCUUGCUGAAGGAGCAGAUAAAGCGCGCGCAGAAGGAUGCCGCCGCUCGAGCGGCCGGGGAGAAUGGCGCAUCAACAGAGCAAGACCAGGAGGACAAGGGGUUGCGACGGGAAGAAGGCGAGAAGAUCAAACUGUCUAUUGGGGUUAAGCCUGCAGCCAGCAAACCGGAACCCGCACCGGUAGAGCAGCCCGCAGCUGCAACUCUUGACGAAGAAACCCCAGCAACUGGAGAGGCCAAGUUGGCGGAAGCGACUACAGAUUCCAAGCCUGUAUCGCUGAAGUUUGGAGCCAAACCAGCUGCCAAGAAUGUCUUUGCCUCCAAGAAAAACGCUUUUUCAAGCGGCGCAAAGAAAGUUAAGAUUGAGCAGCCCAAAAAGAUAAGUGAGGCAGAGAGGAUAAUGCGCGAGGAGAUGGGGCGCAAGAGGUCAAGAGAGUUUUCUGGUUCAGGGGGCCCUAGUAAACGCCAAAGGAUGUAAAGUCUUUCUUUUUUUUCGUAACGGUUUUUAUAGGCCUGGAGUCUGGCGGCGUUAAUAUUCUCAGUUCUAUACCCAUGGGCGCCUCUCGCGGGGUUUGUAUGGUCCAACCAAAGUUAUAUAGAGGGGAAGGAAGAUAAGACAUGACAAUGAAAAGCAUAAUCAUAAUC